UCCCUUUCCCACAGGUUUCGCGAGAUUUUACAUAGGCGGGUUGGUGUGUGGCAACAUUUCUCUGCCAGACGAACUGCACAAUGCUGAUAUGAAAUCUGCUUAAAGUAACCUUUGCAUUUCUGGAGGCAUGUCCAAGAAAAGGGGCAGAAAACGGAGCAGCGGGGAACUGAGUGACGCAGUAACCCCAGACCCCAACUACAUUCUGGGAGUCCGCAUUCAGCAUAACUGGCGUGAGAGGGGGAAUCAGAGCAAAUGGAAGGGCACAGUACUUGACAGAGUUUGUGUAAAUCCUUCCCUCUUCAUGGUGAAAUACGAUGGCUUUGACUGCGUCUAUGGCAUUGAGCUGUUCAAGGAUGAGAGAGUGUCCAACCUACAAGUGUUGUCAGAAAAAGUUGUAAACAAUAAAGUCAAGACACCUCCAGGGGCGGAGGAGUUGGUUGGCAAAGCGGUGGAGCAUUUAUUUGAAAAGGAAGAUGGAGAGAAGAAUGAGUGGAGAGGCAUGGUCCUCUCCAAAGCACCAGUUAUGACCAACUGGUAUUAUAUUACUUAUGAAAAGGACCUUCUUUAUAUGUACCAGCUGUGGGACGACUAUGCUGAAGGAGACCUCAGGAUUCUGCCUGAAGCAGAAAACAAGCACCUGUUGCCUGCAGACAGGAAGCCAGGAGAAGAGACGGAGAGUCUCGUUGGGAAACAAGUGGAGUACGUUACUGACAAGGGUGUGAAAAGAACAGGCCUGGUCAUCUACCAGGUCCCGGCCAAGCCCUCUGUCUACUACAUCAAAUAUGACGAUGACUUUCAUAUUCAUGUCUAUGACCUUGUCAAAACCACCUAGAGAUAGUGGACACUUUUAUCUAAUUCCCCGACAUCUCUCCACCUGCUACUGUUCCACUCAUUGCUACAAUCUGUUAUUCAAAGCCUAGACAGGGUUAAAUAGCUGACAUGCUUUAUUGUUCAGAAGUCAGUGCAAUCUCUUUUCAUUUCUUUUUUCUUUUUUUAUUUGUAUGCACAGCAUAACUGUAGCACUGCUAUGCUUGGCUGUUUUGCAGAGAGAAAGUUUUUGUUUUGUUGUUGCUGCUCUACUUUAAAUACAACUUUAAAGUCUGGACAAAGUCAAAGAUUGCACUGCACAACAUUUGUGCAGCACUUUCACGUCUGUCCCCAAAAGUGCUCCUCUUAAUUAAAUUCCAGUGACUAACGAAGCUGCUUAAUAUCUCCUUUCAAAGGGCACUUUAUGUUGGCUUAUCUAAAUUGACGAUAAGUGUUGACACACACCUAUGGACUAGGUGUUUUCCACUGAGGUAGUUAUUAAAAGAAAUGGGCAGAUGCAAAUGUGUGUGUGUGUGUGUGUUCAUCAAAGAAUAUCAAAUUAACUUAACACCAGAAGAGAUAAAUGGAAGUUGCAUUGUAAAACCAUCUUAAUUGAGGCCAAUUCUUUUUAAAAGCCAACAUAUUCCUGCACCUUUGCACCACGUGAAGUAUUUCAGCUUUCAUAGCUGGAUGAAGUGGCUGCACGCUGCAUAUGCCAUUCGUGCUGAACAUGACCUUGAAGGAAGGUUUCUGCACAGGCCCUAAAUCCUAACAUCAAGAGUGCAAGUAUCAUGUUUGUGCUGGUAAUUAAAGUACUAAAUUUGCAUAUGAAUUUGAUCCCACUGAUAUCAUAAAGUGCCUUCC